AUGCAGUCCAAAGAGGUCCGCAUUAUUGCCCUACUAACAUUAGAUACGGCCUUUUUCUUUCUUGAAAUUAUCAUCGGAUAUGCCGUCCACUCUCUUGCUCUUGUUGCAGAUGCAUUCCACAUGCUCAAUGACAUUUUCUCUCUUUUAGUUGCCCUAUGGGCAGUCCGUGUUGCUAAAUCACGCGGUGUCGAUUCAAAAUAUACUUAUGGCUGGCAGCGUGCUGAAAUUCUUGGUGCCCUCAUUAACGCCGUCUUUCUUAUUGCCCUUUGUAUGACCAUCUUCCUCGAAGCAAUCCAGCGUCUCAUUGAGGUCCCCGUAAUUACAAACCCCCAGCUCAUUCUUAUUGUCGGUACAGCCGGUCUUGCUUCAAAUAUUAUUGGCUUGUUUUUAUUCCACGAACACGGUCACUCUCAUGGUGGCAGCGGUCACUCCCAUGGAGGCUCCUUUGACGAAGAAGCAGCUAUCGACGAGCACGAACACGAGCACGAACAUGAACAUGAGCACGAACAUUCCCACUCGCAUUCUCACUCUCAUUCGCACUCUCAUUCGCACUCUCAUUCGCACUCUCAUGCCCACGGUGACAUUACAGAAGCUGACGUUCUCGGUUUCAACGCCUCUAAAAAAUCCGAAGCUGAAGACUUCCGUAAAGCCCUGGCUGAUGACUCGCGCCCAAUCUCUGAGGCUCUCCCCUCUUCCAUCGUUUCUCGUCUUUCUGAAAACUCUCCCCUCUUGCGUCCAUCUCAACAACCUUCAACUUCGUCUUCAGACGAAACUUAUGGAGCUACACAACCUGAACAUGACCAUUCCGACGAAGAAGUCCACAUCCAUGAACCUCGCCCACGGUCUCUCUCACUCACUCACUCCAACCAUUUCCAUGCAAAACCAAAAGUCACAACUACAAAGUCUAAAUCUCUCAACAUGGAAGGUGUCUUUCUUCACGUUCUUGGCGAUGCUAUGGGCAAUAUUGGUGUCAUGAUUACCGCCUUGCUUAUUUGGAAAACUGACUACUCAUGGAAAUACUACAUGGACCCAAUCAUCUCUCUCGUUAUCACUGCAAUCAUUUUCUCCUCUGCAAUGCCCCUCUGUCGCAGAACCUCUGCAAUCCUUCUUCAAGGUGUUCCUCAAACAGUCAAUGCAAAUGAAGUCAAGGAAGAUAUUGUGUCCCUUCCUGGAGUACUUGACAUUCACGAGCUCCACAUUUGGAUUCUUCGCGAAGAUCUUAACGUUGCCACACUGCAUGUGUCUGUUUCCAUUACUCCAGAAGAGUUUAUGAAACUGGCCCAGCGUAUUCGCACCUGCAUGCGCGGACACGGUAUUGCGUCCACCACCAUUCAACCUGAGUUUAUUAGCAAGAGCAAGGCAAACUCCAUUUGUAGUUACUCCCAUGCCGGCGAGGUAUCCACUGGCGGUCUUCACGCAUUGUCGGUGACGGCUGCAAACUCGGAGCACCACCACCAUACUGGGGCCAAUAGCAGCGGUGACACAACGCCGACUUGUGUGCUCCAGGGCAACAAGCCAACGGGUGGAUUACAAGCCAACCACAGUAGUACUAGUUUGAUUUGA